AAAAAAACAUUUAGAGAAGUUUAAAUUGAAAUUAAAAAUAAAAAACCCUUUCCUUGAAACUGAUUCCUCUCUCCCCCUGUCUGUACCUAGCUUGUCCUGCUUCAUCUUGUGGUUCCAAAGAAGCCUUGUCGCACCUUACGCUACCUUUUGGUAACAUAGAUUCUCCAACUGGAUCCAACCCACCAUCACCACAGCCUCUUUCUCCACCAUUUAUAAGCACUGCACCCUAGCCACUCAGUAUCUCAAAACACCUCUUCAAUUAAAACCUGCUCUCUUAUGUUCACUUAUUCAGUGAUCAGCCCAACUAAUAUUCUUCUAUUUGCAAAAGAGUCCCGUGUCUCUGCUUUUCCAUCAAAAUUUUAGACUUGGCAUUGAGAAUAUGUCUUCCAGCCAUCAAACUCCUAGGAAUUCUAGCUCCUCUUGGACACCAAGGGAAAACAAACUGUUUGAAAAGGCUCUAGCCUUGUUUGAUAAGGACACACCGGACCGGUGGCAAAAUAUAGCCAAAGCUGUUGGUGUGAAAUCAGCUGAGGAAGUGAAGAGACACUACGAAAUCCUCAUUGAAGAUCUUAAACAUAUCGAGUCCGGCCGUGUUCCUAUUCCUAAUUACAAGUCCAGUAGAAGCUACAGCAAUACUAACGAAGAAGAAAGGGUAGCUAGGUCCAUGAACUAAAACUAAAAGGGGCAACAUUCAGCCUUGGUUCCAAGAAGCUACCUCUCACAAGCUCCUUAAUUCCUUCAAUAACUUCUUAUCGUGUUCCUUAAAGCACCAAUCGGGUCCUCUAUGCCACUUGAUUCGGAUCACAGUACCUACUUGUCCACUGCUCUAGUCAAGUUCUCUUCAUGCUGUCUAGGUAACUUUUUCUCUUCAAUUAUACUGCCCUUCUAGCAACUUUCUGCUCUAGUCCCAUCGAGUGCAUUAAGUCAUUUAUUUGUUCUAUACAACAAUUCAGUGCCUUCUUCUGUGCCUUAGAAAAACUCAUCAGCAUUGUCAAGGUUUGAACUCAAAUAUCCGACCAUAGCUCAAGUCCAUGAAACAUCUUUAACUGGAAUUAUGUCCUUUCCAUUUCUUUAAAGAUAGUGAAGAAUACAACAUAGCAGUUAAAUCAAAUUCUAAUUUUAUUUUAUUUUUUGUUACAUGAGUCUCACUCAAAAGGUUUUAAUGA